AUGUCCAAUCUACAAGAGAAGAAGUUCGAGGAGGAGGGAAUCCAUUACAACAACUCGGGAUCCCUCGAGAAGGGCAUCGAGCCGGGAUACGCGGUCCCUGUCGGAGACGACGAUGACGACCGCUACCACUUCAGCAGCGUUGACACGGAUCUCGUGCAGCGCAAGCUCAAGCAGCGCCAUGUUCAGAUGAUUGCCAUUGCGGGAACGCUUGGUACUGGUCUGUUUUUGGGUUCCGGCGCUGCCAUUUCCGCCGCGGGCCCAGCAGGCGCUCUUCUUUCCUACAUGAUUAUCGGUACCGUUGCCUACGCGACACUAUGCUCCGUCGGUGAGAUGACCUCUUUGGCGCCCGUCUCCGGCACUUUCCCGCAUUUCGCUGCUCGUUGGGUCGACCCUGCGUUCGGCUUCGCUGUUGGAUGGAACUACUUCUACGCACAGGCCAUCACAAUCCCCGUCGAGGUCACUGCCGCACAGAUUCUUUUGACGUUCUGGGAUUCCAACCCUGCGCAUGGUUGGGGUUACAACGUCGUGAUCUGCUUCGGUGUCUGCAUCAUGAACAUUUUGGGUGUCCGCUACUUUGGAGAGUCAGAGUUCUACUUCUCCAUCAUCAAGUUGAUGCUUAUCACUGGUCUCAUCAUCGGCGGUCUCGUCAUUGACCUUGGUGGAGGCCCGAGCCAUGAUCGUCUUGGUUUCCGUUACUGGAACACGCCCGGCGCGUUCAAUCGUGCCGGCCUUGUCGACAACCUGACGACCGAUCGCUUUUUGGCCAUCGUCUCGACGUUCGUGCAGGCUGCCUUCUCGUUCCAGGGUAUGGAGCUUGUCGCGAUUGCCGCGUCUGAGACGCAAAACCCUCGCCGCAACAUUGCCAAGGCCGUGCGCCGCGUCUUCUGGCGUAUUGCAAUCUUCUAUAUCCUCGGUGUCAUCAUCUCUGGCAUGCUUGUUGCGUACGACGACGAAGACCUCCUCAACAACGGUGACAGCGGCACUGCGACGGAGUCCCCUUACGUCAUUGCUAUUCAGCGCGCUGGCAUUAGCGCCCUUCCCUCGGUAAUCAACGCGGCUAUCUUCACCUCGGCGUUCUCCGCUGGCAACUCCUUCCUCUUCUGCUCCUCUCGUAUCCUGUACGGCUUGGCCAUUAGGGGACAAGCACCCAAGAUCUUCACUUACACGACGAAGAACGGUCUUCCACUGCUCGCCGUUCUCUUCUGCUGCUGCUUCUCCCUGCUCUCCUUCAUGAACCACUCUUCCGGCGCCACGAAUGUGUUCAACUGGUUCGUGAACUUGUCCACCACGGCCGGAUUCUUCACUUGGAUGGCCAUCAACUUGACAUACAUCCGCUUCUGGCAAGGGCAUCGUAAGCAGGGUAUCGACCGCAAGAAGCUCGUAUACCACAGCAUCCUCCAGCCCGGACUCGCCAUCUGGGGUUUCUUCUGGACCACGAUCUUCAUCCUCAUUGACGGCUUCGAAGUCUUUUUCCCCGGCCAAUGGAAUACGUCUGACUUCUUGGUGGCAUACAUCAACAUUCCCUUAUUCUUCGCACUCUUCAUUGGCUGGAAGGUCAUCAAGCGCACCAAAUUCUGGCAUACACAUGAGAUGGACUUCUGGAGGGGUAUUCCCACAUUGGAGGAGACGGAAGAGCCUGAGGUUCCACCUAAGAACUGGAGGGAGAAGAUCUUCAAUGCUCUGUUCUGA